AUGGUCCAAAACAAAGGCCUCAUCUUCAAGGAGAUCCCCACCAAGUUUCCCGAACCAGGCAAACACCUCGUAAUCGAAGCCCGCGAGUUCGACCCCGAACAGUCCCCCCCAUCCGGCGGCAUCACCACGAAAAACUACUACGUCUCUUUCGACCCGUACCAGCGAGGUCGGAUGCGGGAUCCGAGCAUCAAAUCCUACGCGCCGCCCUUCACGCUCGGCGAACCCAUCACCAACCGCGCCAUCUGCAAAGUCCUGAAGAGCGACAACGACAAGUUCAAGCCAGGCGAUGUGAUUAUCGGCCAGGACAGCAUCGGGACGGAGGAGUACAGCGCUUUGCCCAAGGAUGUUACCGAGCGCGCGAGGAAGCUCGAGAACCCGUAUAACCUCGACCCCAAGGUCUUCCUCGGUGCGCUGGGCAUGCCGGGCUUGACGGCGUACUCGAGCUUUUACGAGAUCGGGGCCCCGAAGAAGGGAGAGACGAUCUUCAUAUCGGCGGCGAGUGGCGCGGUGGGACAGCUUGUGGGGCAGUUGGCGAAGCAUGAGGGGCUGAAGGUUAUUGGGAGCGUGGGUGAUGAUAAGAAGUUGGACUUCUGUAUCAACGAGUUGGGAUUCGAUGGCGGGUUCAACUACAAGAAGGAGAAGCCGAGUGAGGCGCUCAAAAGGUUGUGCCCGAAUGGCAUAGACAUCUAUUAUGAGAACGUGGGUGGGGAACAGCUCGAAGCGGCGAUCAACGCCUUGAAUACCUUCGGCAGGAUAAUCGCCUGCGGCAUGAUCUCCCAAUACAACAUUCCCCCCUCCGAGGCCUACCCGAUCAAGAACCUCAUGCAGUUCGUGGCCAAGCGCCUCAAGAUGCAAGGCUUCAUUGUUGGCGACGAAGGCAUGGGCCCGAAGUACUGGAUCGAGCACCAGAAGAACGUGCAGAAGUGGAUCGCCGAUGGCAGCUUCAAGGCCAAGAUGAGCGUUACCGAUGGCAUUGAUCAUGCGGCAGAGGGGUUCGUGGGUAUGCUCAAGGGUGAGAACUUCGGAAAGGCGGUGCUGAAGAUUGCGGAUCUGGAGGAGGUGAGUGCUUGA